AAGCAAAAUAAUGGGCCUCUGAGAGAGACAUUUUUUCCCUCUUCCCUGGAGCUUUCGCUGUGGAAGCACAUGCAACACAGCCUGCAUUGUGUUUUAAAGAUCAAGCCUGGGAGCAGGAGACCGGACAUCGAAAAGGAGCAAAACUACAGUUUGGAAGAGAAGAAGUCGAGUUAUGAAGCCCAUCACCUUCGUCGGUGCUCUUUUGCUCCUGCUCUAUAUCUCUUAUGGAGGUGCAGAUGCCUACAGGCAUCACAGACAAGUCUCUCCUGGAAUCCAACAAGGUGUAUGUCGCUAUGGCAGGAGGCUGGAGUGUUGCUACGGCUGGAAAAAGAACAGCAAAGGCCAGUGUGAGGCACAGUGCGAGCACGGCUGCAAGCACGGCGAGUGCGUUGGACCGAACAAAUGCAAGUGCUUCCUGGGAUACACUGGAAAGACGUGCAAUCAAGAUAUGAACGAAUGUGGCUUGAACCCUCGUCCGUGUGAACAUCGCUGCAUGAACACCCAUGGAAGUUACAAGUGCUACUGCCUCAACGGAUACACCGUGAUGCCUGAUGGAUCUUGCGCCAAUUCCAGGUCGUGCUCCCUCGCUCACUGCCAGUACGGCUGCGAGGAAGUCCGGGGCGAGAUCCGUUGCCUUUGCCCGUCUGCGGGGCUGCAGCUGGCAUCGGACGAAAGGACUUGCGUAGAUAUUGAUGAAUGCGUCACUGGAAACAACCUCUGUCCAUACAACAGGCAAUGUGUCAACACAUUUGGCAGCUACUUCUGCAAGUGCCAGGAGGGCUACAAUCUGAAAUACGUCAACGGCAAACACGAUUGUGUAGACGUGGAUGAGUGUGCAUCCAGCACCAACAAGUGCAGCCAUCAGGCUGUCUGUCUGAACAAUCAAGGAUCCUACAAGUGCAGGUGCAAGUCUGGCUUCAGAGGCAAUGGCUUUGAAUGCUCCGUCAAGCCGUUUUAUCAGAGGUCACGUGAUGGAGACAAAGGCAGCGCAGACCACGUCUUGAAUGCAAUCCCAGAUUCCCAAGUAAGGCCUAGAAUCCUGGGGGGUAAGUUUGAGAAUGAAGACAUCAAAAACGCCAUCCCCGAACCAGUUGUGACACUGCCUCCGAGGAUCCGACAGCAGCCGUUCGAUUACGAAGCAGAGGUCUACAUUGGCGAACCAACUGGAGAGACCCCGAUGGAAGAACUCCUCGAGGAGGAGGAAGAGGAGGACGAAGAAGAGGAAGACAACCAACUCAAUCCAAGAGGAGAUGUUUUCACAUCAGAGGACUUUGAAUCAGUUUUGGGUCCAGUCACGGAGUUCAAACAACUUGAAAGAGCAGCGCAUCAGGAAGAGUUCAUCAUGGACUGCAAUUUUGACAAGGGGGCAUGCGAGUGGGUCCAAGACAAGGCUGAUGACGUGGACUGGAGUGUAGCUUACCAUGGCAGAGGUGGCGAGUACUACAUGUCCAUGAGUGGUCUUCUGGGCGAGCACGAGGAUGUGGCCAAGCUCAAGCUGCUGCUCAGUGAUCGAACCCAGCAGGGCAGCUUUUGUCUGACAUUCGACUACCGUGUCGUGGGUCAUGAUGUGGGCACUUUAAGGGUGCUGCUGGAUAACAAAGCGUACCCCGUGUGGGAGCAGAGCCACAGCACAAAUCAGGGCUGGCAGACCGAGCUCCUCACUGUGGCCUGGAGAGAAGAAGCACUGCACGCAGUCAUCUUUGAAGCACAACGUGGGAGAGGAGUUGGCGGAGAGAUCGGACUGGACAAUGUUGUGUUGACCUCCGGGCCGUGUCAAGAUGAAGACUCGCCAAUCUUUUAGGAAACUUCAAUUUGAACAAAAAAAACUAACAGAACAAAAACAAAAUAUUCUCCAACUGACAAGACUCCCAGUAUGGGAGUGUUUAGAUGUGUUUAGAUGCUGUACAAUAAGCACAUGUACAGUCGC